CUUCUGAUUGGAAUUUAACCGACAGGGGAGGGGGGUGGAGGGAUGGAGGGAUGAGGGGGGUUAUUUAGCAUUAACAUAAAAACAAACAGCCGCACAUAUAUAUGCAAAUGAACGCAGGGUGAAGCAGGGAGCCGUCCGCCAUAACUCACACUGAUGGCCUUUAAGUGAGAAAUCACCUCCGAAAAGUAAAAGAAAUGAUGCACCUGUCGCCCAUCUGACUGAUGAGCCAAUCAGGAGGCAAGGACGAGGGGCGCAUCCGGAUCUGUGAAGGCUAGAGGCGCGUGAGAGUGACAAACACUCACAAAAAUAAAAAAAACAGAUCUCCAAGAAGACAAUUCCUUAUUUUAUUUUAUUUUAUUUUAUCAGUGAAGGUUAGAUAAAGAGGUUCCGGACACACCACCUCUGUGACCCAAAAUGCGCGCGUCCUCCUUACGCAGAUGGAUGGAGAAAAGGGGAUGAAGAGGCCUACCCUUUUACGCACGAGGUCAAACACACAACUCUUUGGUUUUACGCACGCCAACCUUCAAAACAAACAAAUGUGAGCUGACUUUGAGCGCGAGGUCACACACCUGGCGCGGUGAAACAGCCGCGCGCCCGCAUAGGACUGUUAUCUGAUCACAUGUGUGGACUGUUACUUUGUACCAGUGCGUGUACGCGAAAAGAGGCCGCAGCUGCUUCAAUCAAAGAAGCUGUACGUGCACGUGCGCGUGCAACAAGGCCGUUUUAUGGAGUCAAAUUUUAACUUUAACCCCAAUUGAAAAAAAUGACUAUUUCUGGCUAAUUUUGGCUAAAAUACCACAUAUUGAGCGCGUGCGUAAAGUCCGGCAGCACUUGGGGCGCGCGCGGGUCACUUUGCAGCGGGUAUAGAGACAGCAGUGGCGCUUGCGCAGCGCUGCUUCGCGGAGGAGAUGAGGGGAGACUCUGACCACUGCUGCCGCGCGCGCCACAUGCCCGCGUGUUUGUGAGGGUAUGUGUGUGUCAGUGUGUGUGUGAAAGCUACCACUAGUCGCCCCCAGUGCUCUUCAGUCUCCACUCUCCCUUCGCUCCGCAGACUGAACGUCACGUCCGCACUUGAACUUGAGUUUUCUGCCACCAGAAGCCAAAGAGCCGCACAGAGCCGCGCGCACGCGGGGAAUGCGAGACUCCGCUGCUCGCGCUAAGAGAAAAGAGGGUGUCAGACUGUCCUCAGACCAGUGCUGGGCUUUCACUGAAGGAGGGGAAGACUGAGAGCCUCUCGACCGGCCGUCACCAUCACCGCCUCGGCGCGAGCGCACACAAGAAGCUGGAUUCUUGGCUCACCUUCUCCGCGCGGGAGCGGGCAGGUGUCCGGACAGUGGACCCGGACAGUGACUGACCACCAGGACUCUCUGCGCUCUUUUUUGAGAGAUGCUGUGAGAGCAGCAUCGGAGCGAGGAGCCGGACUACCCUCCUCCCUCACCUCCUCUAAAGAAGGGAGGCGCGCAUCCACUUUGGCACCGAGCUCCGAGUGAGCGCCCCGGCGCACCGCGCUGCGCCACGGCCGGCCACUGCACCGCGCAGCCCGUCCAGGACCAGCCAGCCCACAGGCCGAACUUGGGGCCAGCUUGGGUUGGCCAGAACAUUUUGGGAACACUUUGGCCAUUCAGGAGCCACAGGAGGAGGAGAGCCGAACCUUCCAGCGCCGCUCUCCGGGCGAUGCCAGUGUAAAUGCCAGGGCGAUGUCCCGACGCAAGCAGGGGAACCCGCAGCACCUGUCCCAGAGAGAAAUAACACCGGAGGUCGAGCGUACAGAUGGCGUUCUGCUCUCCGACACUCCGCCCCCAAACCCGUUCGGCCUUCUCCCUCCCCACCCGCUGGACCCCGGCUUGGCCCACGCGCUGCCGCCUGGCCUGCACGCCGACCACGACCUGCUGACCUGCGGCCAGUGCCAGCUGACCUUCCCGCUGGGCGACAUCCUCCUCUUCAUCGAGCACAAGAAGAAGCAGUGCCAGACGCCGCUGCUGCCCAACGGCUGCUACGACAAGAUGAACGACCGGGGAGGAGGAGGAGGGGGCGGCGGCCUGCAGAGCCUUCAUCACUACGCUCAGCGGGGGGAGCUAAAGAAGGUGGUGGAGCCGGUGGAGAUUGGCAUCCAGGUGACGCCGGAGGAAGAGGAGGUGGUGGGAGGAGGAAGGCAAAGAGCUGAAAGACGAGAGAAGACGCCCACAAGAGGAAUUUGCCCCAAGCAGGAGAGCUCCAUGACAGGUGGCAGAGAUGAGCCUUCCAACUACAUAUGUACCACCUGUAAGCAGCCGUUCCCCAGCGCCUGGUUCCUCCUGCAGCAUGCCCAGAACACUCAUGGCAUUCGCAUUUAUCUGGAGUCCAACCCCUCAAGUGCAGCUCUCACCCCCCGAUUAACUAUGCCUCCCCCUAUUGGAAACGACUCCAUCCCGCAGUCUCCGCUCACCAACUUUCUGGGGGACAACAAUCCUUUCCACCUCCUGAGGAUGACGGGGCCUCUACUCCGGGAACCGCCCCCUGGCUUCGUGGAGAACCGAAUCCCCAACACCCCGCCAUUCGUCAGCCCGCCUCCCCGUCAUCAUCUAGAUCCCCACCGGCUGGAACGCCUUAGCGCCGAAGAAAUGGGCCUCAUUUCCCAGCACCCCAGUGCCUUUGAGAGGGUGAUGCGGCUAACGCCCAUGGCCAUGGAGUCCCAGUCCAUGGAUUUCUCCAGGCGAUUACGGGAGCUGGCAGGGAACACUAACAGCACCACACCGCCACUGUCACCCGGAAGGCCCAAUCAUAUGCACCGACUACUAAACCCCAACCCUUUUCAAACAGGGCCUAAGUCGCCGUUUUUAAAUACCCCUCCAUUGCCGCCGAUGCCACCAAACAGCACCACACCCCCUCAAACCCAAAACAAGGUGAAGUCCUGCGAGUUCUGUGGGAAGACUUUCAAGUUCCAGAGCAACUUGGUGGUGCACAGACGCAGCCAUACUGGGGAAAAACCAUACAAGUGCCAGCUGUGUGACCACGCCUGCUCCCAGGCCAGCAAGCUCAAGCGACACAUGAAAACCCACAUGCACAAGGCCGGGUCCAUGACGGGGCGCUCAGACGACGGCCUGUCCACCACGAGCUCCCCAGAACCAGGAACCAGCGACGUCACCGGUGAGGGCAUUAAGAAUCGAGACGGGGAUUUCCAGGGGGAAGGCAAUGAAGAAGAGGAAGAGGAGGAGGAAGAAGAGGAACUUGAGAAUGAGAGUCGACCAGAAUCGAACUUUAGCAUGGAUUCUGUGUUUUACCGGAACCGAGAGAACGGUCCCAAGCCUCCUUCAGAGGAGAAGUCCUCGCUUGCCCUUGAAAAGAUGGUGGAUGGCGAGGGCCUUAACUCUAUACAGCAGUACAAUAAUUUAAUAGUUGACAAUCGUAAAAGAAUGCCCUUCUCCAAGAGGGUCACGGACGCCCAGCGGGACACUGGCGAUGAGGAUUCAGUGGCUGGGGAGAUCAACCACCACCAGCAAGAAGAGCGAACAACCAUAAACGGCCGGAACUGUGGCUCCGGCGACUCUUUCUCAGGCUUGUUCCCGCGUAAGCCCACCCCCAUCACCAGCCCCACCCUGUCCAACUCCUCCAACAAGAGGAUCAAGAUCGAAAAGGACUUAGACAUUCCCCCGGCGCCUCACAUCCCGUCAGAGAACGUGUACUCUCAGUGGUUGGUCGGCUACGCCGCCUCCCGCCAUUUCAUCAAAGACCCUUUCUUGGGCUUCACCGAUUCCAGACAAUCUCCCUUUGCCACCUCGUCGGAGCACUCCUCGGAGAACGGCAGCCUACGGUUCUCGACGCCUCCCGGGGACCUGCUGGACGGCGGUCUAUCCGGCCGCAGCGGCACCGCCAGCGGGGGCAGCACGCCUCAUCUAGGGGGCGGGCCCGGUCCAGGUCGACCUAGCUCCAAGGACAGUCGGAGAUGCGACACUUGUGAAUUCUGUGGCAAGGUGUUCAAAAACUGCAGCAACCUGACGGUGCACCGGCGCAGCCACACCGGGGAGCGGCCCUACAAGUGCGAGCUGUGCAAUUACGCGUGCGCACAGAGCUCCAAGCUCACCCGCCACAUGAAAACACACGGCCAGCUCGGUAAGGAGGUCUACCGCUGUGACAUUUGCCAAAUGCCCUUCAGUGUAUACAGCACUCUGGAGAAACAUAUGAAAAAGUGGCACGGAGAACAUUUGAUGACCAGUGAGGUCAAAAUUGAACAAGCAGAGAGAGCAUAAAGCACGUUUCUCCUCUUUGCACCACACUUGGACUUUAAGGGGGGUAUCUGGAUACUUUUAUAAAUAAUUUUGUUUAAUUUUGUGAUUUUGACUAAAAAAACUGCCAACUGAGAAAAAAAGCGAAAGUCUUAGCAACAACUGAAGCUGUCUAAACUGCCUCAUUUGGCUUUCAUUUUUAAACAAUCAGUCAGUUGAGUUAUAAAUAUGUGGAGCCUUUAACUGUGCAAUAAUUUCUGUAUUUAUUGGAUUUUGUAUUUUGGCAUGUGCAGGUUCUUUUUUUUAUUAGGUGUCUUUUUUUUAAUAUUAUAUAUUGUUAUUUACUUUUUGAUCUCAUUGUUAAAACCGCAUCCUGAGAGUUCUUUAGAAAGCAAAAAUACAUUUCAGUUAUUGUUUCUACUUUUGGGCCACAACUUGUAGGGAAAAUAUAUUUAAAAAUACUUGUGUUUUUAAGAAGACACUGAAUUCAGUCUUGCAGUUCGAACUGAGAAUGCUAGAAUUAGUUUAUUUUAUGUGAUGACGAUAAGCGGACAACAAUCCUUUGGCUUUGUAGCACGACUCUAAAACAUGUCAAUGUAAUUGGAUAUGUAGCACUGAGUGUCAUAAUUGACGGUAAAUGUCAAACGAAAGGGGAUCCCAAGGUUCAUAAACCCUGUCUUCUCUCCAGAACGUCCUAACGAGUGAGAAGACACGGGCGUCUACUGACCGGUACAAAGUGGCAACCUAUGACAACGCUUCAGCAUCCGUCCCAUCCGUCUCUAUUCCUUCUUGUUUUCUUGAUGCAGCCUUGUGUAUUCUGCUCGAUUUCAUGAUGUCUUCAUAGUAAUACGUUUGCAUAAAUCCAGAUAAUUGAUGCAGAGAAAGCUUAUUCUUAAUUCAUCUUUUCAUUGACAUAUUUUAUCUUUUGUGAUGGGUUGAAAGAACUAAAACGAAGACAUGAUUUAAAACAAUAUUCCAAAUUCAUAGAAAAAUUGGUAACAAUUUAUAAUAAUACUCCUUAAAAAGGUUUAUUAACACAUUAACAAACAUUAUUAAUGUGUUUAUAAGACAUUUACUAGCACAUUAAGCAAAAUAAGGUUUAUUUACAUACUUUGUAAGAUUAAUUAACAUCAAAAGUGAGACCAUUGUCUACAAAGACCAUAUUAAUAAACUGCCUACAAGCUGUAUUAAGAAUCUUUUUCAACAUUAUAUUGAGUGUUUUGCAGCACCUGUUAUUAAAAUAUUUAAAUUUAUUUCAAUUUGAACCUUUUGGUGCUAAUCAUGAUCAAAAUGCGCUUUUUUAUUUAAAUUACAAAGACAUAGAAAUCCCUAUGCUCGUUCAGUUGAAAUAGAAAACAAUUGAAUUAAAAAAUAUAUAAAUGUAAGUGAAAUAUAAACAAUAUUUGGCUUAGAUUAUACUUUAUUUCUCUCUGUUCAAAAAGUAUACUGAAAUUCUGCAUUUUACCGUGAGAUGCCACUUUUUUUUGUUUUUUUCCAGAACAUUUGUACAGUUAACACAAUAUACAAUAUAAACAAAACCAAUAAAAAAGGAAUAAGAAGAAGCUUAUGAAGCUAAUUCGAUUCCUCAAAAACUAAUCAACGUCCAUAAUGAUCAGCAUGACAAAGAAACAGAUAUAAUAAAAAAAUACAAACUGGUACAAGUACAUCAAAUCCUUUUACAUAUGUGUAUCACAAUCAUUUAUGUUUUAAACUUUUUUUAAACUGCAAAAGCCAAGAACUUAAUUUUAAUUCAUCACUUAAUUCAUUCCAUAAUUACUGUAAAGUACUGACAUUGGUUCAAACUUUAACCUGUUCAAAAUAAUAAAGACUUCUUAAAUUAUACUGACUAACCCUUGAAGGUUACUCUAUAAACAGUUUCUAAUACCUUGACAUAAACAAUUUCUUUUAAUUUAGAAUUCAUUAGAUAAGUCAUGAAAAUAAUGAAUAGUUGCUAUUAAACAAUCAGACUUUGGCCACUAAAACUCAACACAAACUUUUGCAUCAUCACCAAACGUAAGACGUUUAUUCAUUUAAAUAUGAGGAAGCAACAAGUGCAAACACUGGCUGCUAAGGAAUAGUGGGAAAUCUAUCAUUGUUGCAUACUUUUGUAAAUUUUAUUUAGCAACAUUAAAGGAAAGAAAGAAAAUGUAUGGAGUUUAAUUUUAAAUAAAACAUUCCAGCUUUUACAAAACCACACAAAAUUUUUCCUUUUAAAGUCUUUAAACCGAUUUCAUAGAGUAAUUAUUACACUUUAAAAGCACAUAUGAAGGAACAGAGACAACUUAUGAACAAGUCCUGUUUUGAUUUCCUUUCACCGUUAUUAAUGCACCUUUUUUUAAAAACGUUUUUCAAAAUAAAACAAAAAACUUCUUUAAAUUGACCCCCUGACAGAGGGAUGAAGACGGCAGUGGAGCUUGGGACCUCCUGAUGCUUAAGUGCUUGGAUUGUACGGCUUAGCUUUUCCAAUGCUGGCACUAUAAAAUGCUUAGAAUAAUUUAUUUGGGACAGUUUUUGUACUGCCAUUCAAUUUGACAUGAGUGUGCCUUGAAUUAUGAUCUUCCUAUGAAUUGUCUCAGACAAAUGCAACUCUUUCUUUGAAUUAAGAAAGCAUUUCAAAAAUGUGUAAUUUGACUUCAAAACAAAAGAAAUGAUGAGUGAAACAAAAGAAUGACCCAGCACAAUUUUAGCGUGUCUGUGUGUGUAUAUAUGUAUACAUAUGUACAUAUGAAGGCACAAACUUAUAUAUAUAUAGAUCUAUAUCAAAUUUUUUCACUCACAAGGACACGCGUGUCUCUCUACAGAAAGUUUCAGCGGUGGAUAAAAAGCCACACAAAAUGUCAGACUGGACAAAAAUCAGGAAAAGCAUAAACUACAAAAGAAUCGAGUGCACUCUGUUUUAAAUAAGUUUACAGUAUUGAUUCAAGGGUAAAAAAUGAUGUGUGUUUCUGUGUUUUGAAUUUUUUUUAAGGCUUGUUUUAAAACCUUCUCUAAAUGCCAAAGUGGCAGCGUAUAUACUGUUUUUAUAUUAUUUUAUUUGUAUUUUUUUGAGAUUUUACUGUGUUUUUUUGUGAAGGGUAUUAGUAUAUAUAUAAAUAUAUAUAAAUAUAUAUAUAUAUGAAUAUAUAUAUGACAUUUUUCCUACUUACGGUAAAAGUAUCCCAGUAUUUGUAAUAUUGGAGAAUGCCUGGGCAUUUAACAAAAAUAUAAAAAUGCAACUUUUUUUUAUUUUUCUUUUUUUAUUUGAUUUAUUUAACUUUUUUUUCUCAGUUUACAGUCCAUCUUAAAUUGUGGGUCUCUUAAACUGUUUUUAUGUCAAUGUAACUGUAAAAGUCUUAAGUUUUAGUAACUUUUUUGCCUUGGGUGUAAUGAAAAUACAAAAAAAAGAAAAAUAAAUGAGUAGAAAAAAAAUGGCUGAGCUGUAACAAAGUGGGAUGGAUUAGGUUGAGGGUUCAGGGUGGCGGGUGGGUUCUCACCGGGCAGGGUGGAUUUCUCCUCAGAACCUGGUUCUGAGUGCUGGUUCUGCUUCUUAGUAAACCUGAGAAUCCCGACUUGUAUCUAUUUUUCUUCUGCUGGACUGGAUUAUUCUUCAUGGAUGGUUUGAAUUACAUGUGUAGGCACUUGCUGUCAUUCUUACGCGGCUCGUCUUUUUGUGCAUCCUUUUGUGAAUAGGGUACAGUGAGUACCUCACGGCUCAUUUAUUGAGGUGCAGGAGGAGGAUGACUUUACUCUGAUGACCAAUCCAACUCACCGGCUGCCACAAUCUGUUUGUCCCAAACAGAACCUGAUCACUUUGUACUGUUGUAAUGAAUCAUGUUGUACAGAAUGGGAAUAAAUGAAGGUUGUUAAACAGCCUUUUAGUGAAAAAAGCACAUCUGGCUGUUUGAUUUUUUGCUUAAUUUUUGUACAUCAUUUAUUUUUGUGACUGUUUCCAUGUUGCUUGUUUCUUCUCCAUAAGCUGGCGGGGCGACCCCCAUGUUUGUUUUUCCUCAGCAUGAGAGGAGAGCACAAAUACAAGCUGUUUACAUACA